GGGGCGGGGACUACCGCUGGACCUGGGGAGACCGCCCGCCCGGCUCGCCCGGGCUCGCCCGCUGCUCGCCAGCGCCUGGAAGGAGGCGAGAAUUCGAACGCUUCCACGGCUGGCUACUUAGAGUCCUAGUCGCAGGUUGCCUAACAUUGCGGCUGGCUUUCGUAGUACAGACACGUCGUUUCUUUUUAGUACUACCGAAGACACAGACUAGCCGUCAAGCUGGCGGAAGCAAUGGUUCACAUACAGAAAGGCGAGCUAACACAGGAGGAAAAGGAGCUGCUGGAAGUCAUCGGAAAAGGUGGAUUCUUUACCAGCUGAGCCUCCAGGGAAGCCUGAAACUCACACAUACCCAGAUCUCAUGACCGUCUGAUGGAUUGCUGGAAACAGAAAUGUCAUGUACUGUCCAAGAAGCUGGAACAUUAUUAGCCAGCAAGAAUGUUCGUGUCAACUGCUUGGAUGAGAAUGGAAUGACUCCUCUAAUGCAUGCUGCAUAUAAAGGAAAACUUGAUAUGUGCAAAUUACUUUUACGGCAUGGAGCUGAUGUAAAUUGUCAUCAACAUGAACAUGGAUACACAGCCCUCAUGUUUGCUGCACUUUCUGGUAAUAAAGACAUCACGUGGGUAAUGCUGGAAGCUGGUGCCGAAACAGAUGUUGUCAACUCUGUCGGAAGAACAGCAGCUCAGAUGGCAGCCUUUGUGGGUCAACAUGAUUGUGUGACUAUAAUCAACAAUUUCUUUCCUCGAGAGAAACUGGAUUAUUACACUAAGCCCCAGGGACUGGAUAAAGAACCGAAACUGCCCCCAAAGUUGGCAGGCCCACUGCACAAAAUCAUCACCACAACAAAUCUUCAUCCUGUCAAGAUUGUGAUGCUUAUAAAUGAGAAUCCUCUGCUGGCAGAAGAAGCAGCUCUGAAUAAAUGCUACAAGGUGAUGGAUUUGAUUUGUGAGAAAUGUAUGAAGCAAAGAGACAUGAAUGAAGUACUGGCUAUGAAAAUGCAUUACAUCAGCUGUAUCUUUCAGAAAUGUAUUAACUUCUUAAAAGACAGAGAGAAUAAAUUGGACACUCUGAUCAAAAGCUUGUUAAAAGGCCGAGCUUCUGAUGGCUUUCCAGUAUAUCAAGAAAAGAUCAUUCGAGAAAGUAUCAGAAAAUUUCCUUAUUGUGAAGCUACUCUCCUCCAGCAGCUGGUGCGAAGCAUUGCUCCUGUCGAAAUCGGUUCUGACCCCACUGCAUUCUCUGUGCUCACCCAGGCCAUCACUGGUCAAGUGGGUUUUGUGGACGUUGAAUUUUGCACUACCUGUGGAGAAAAAGGAGCAAGUAAGAGAUGCUCAGUGUGCAGAAUGGUAAUAUACUGUGAUCAGACCUGCCAGAAAACACACUGGUUUGCACAUAAGAAAAUCUGUAAGAAUCUCAAGGACAUUUAUGAGAAGCAACAGUUGGAGGCUGCCAAGGCAAAGAGUGAAGAGGAGAACAAUAGCAAACUUGAUGUCAAUUCUAAUUGUGUUGGUGAAGAGCGGCCGGAGGAGGCUGAAACGACAAUCUGCCAAGAGGAUGACAGUCCUAAGAAUUCUGAGGAAGGCGAGAAAGAAUCCCUGCAGAGUGAUGCUGGGCUGGAAGGCUUACACGAGGCUGCUGUAGGUCCGCAGGUGUCUGAGGAGUAAGGGCCAGAGCAAGUGUCUGAGCAAGCGCGGACAGUCCUCACCUGGCAGGUAGCUGGGAACUCACACGAUUGCGUCCUCCUUAGCUCCACACCUGCCUGCCACUGUGGCGGGAUUCCACAUUUCACAGAAUACGUGCUCUCCAACAAGACCCUGUCCACCACGCCCUGACUUCAUACUGAUUCGUUCUAUAAUAGGACAGAUAUUCCUAGAGAGAAAAACUUUUUUUUUUUCAAAAUGCAGGAGAAACAUUUCUAUUCCCUUUCUGAGGCAGGCUUCCCAGCAGUUGUUCUCAAAGGAAAAUAAAUUUCCUUUUAAAAAAGAAAUAUAUGUUCUUGGGAACAAAGAGGCAAGCAGAACAGUUGUAGGAGAGGAAAUUUUCAGGAAAAGAAAAAUUUUAUAGCCAUACAGAUGGGUAGUUAAAAGAAUCAUAACUUAUAUGUAAAUAAAAUGCUUUGUAUAAAUAGCAUUUAUGGUAAAGUGCUACUUCUUAAGAUGCAAUGAAAUGAAGAAAACCUACAUGUUAAAGGAGCUCUGACAUAGUUCAGCUAAUGGUAGUUUUCUAUAGAAUUUAUCCUGAGCAGACUGAACUUUAUGUAGUUCCUGCAGUGACAUUUUAUCUACAGUAUUUGUACCUUCAGAAAUGUCAGAUCCCCCAGGAGGAACUAAGGUAUAGCCACAGUUAUCUCAGCAUGUGCAUUAAAAAAAGAUGUUUGAUGAAACUGUUGGUUAAACAAAGGCUGAACAUACUGUGUCCACAGUUACUAUAAAGCUGAUUCAUGUGCCAUUUUCCACUUGAAAGGCUGUGACCUUCCUGUAAGCUUUUCAUGGAGUGCUUCUUGUCCACAAACUGAUUUAUAACUGUCAUUUGUAGGCUGUGCUGGCAUCGGUUUUUAGUGUCUGAGUAUUUAAAUUGAGCUAGAGUGAGAUUUGAAGAUAGUGCUGUGUUUCAAAGUUCCCGUGUGUUGAUUGUAAAAUAAAUUGUGCCUACUAAUAGAGCCAAUUUAAAUCUUUUUUCAUAGUUUAUUGCUGUCAGGGGGUGGCAAAUGGUAAAGAAAUAUUAGAGAACAUAAAACAUUUUAGGAAACAGCAAAUACUGGAGAAUACAGUAAUAAUUAUUUUAAUAUUUACAGUUGUGAAUCAGAAUGACAAGAACUCUCACCUCACUUCACUGAUCAGAUCUUCUGUCUUGCUGCUUUUUUUCUUCUUUACACUCAGUUACUUUUCUCCCAGCCCCAACACGUACAUCUUCUGUUAACCCUGUAGCGUGCUGCUGUAGGAAGACUUCUUGUGAGUAAAGCACUGUUUAGGGUUAAGUGGGUAGGAAUUCAACAGGCAGAUUUUUCCUGCACUUGUGAAUCAUGACAAGCCCCUCUCCUCUAUUGAAAUCCCUCAAUCUACACACACUGAUGAACGUUUAUCUUUGACUAGAAAAAUGGCCCUCCCAGGCCUUCCUCUUCCACAAGUAAAUUUUUAACCCGAGUUCACUGAUUUUAAUUACUUUUUGGGUAUGUGGUAUCAUCAUGGUCCCUGUUUUUGGAUAGCAUGAAAGGUUAUGAAAAAGCUGAAGGGAGUAGGAGAAUCGAGAUGUGGCAACGUAGAGGAACUUUUCUCUUUAUUGAGAUGAAUGCUAAUAUGAGUCAGAACUCCAACAAAACUACAGCUGACAUUAGCAGUAACUUUCCAGUUGGACAAAGAGGACUUCAGAUAUAAGCCAUGUCAGUAUCAAAAGUUCUAUAGACAUAUUUCAGGGAAGGGUUGGUCAGAAAGUGGAGUUUUAGAAAAAUAAGGUUGGUUCUGAUGGUAUUCUUUGUCAUAAAUAACCAAAAAUAGAUGAUUCCAUUAUAACACCAUCAAAACAGGUGGUCAUCCAGCUACCUUUUCUUUCAUUCUUUUUUUUACCGUAUUGAAUUAUUUUCAAUAUGCCAUCAAGAAACUUUUCUCAAAAACAAGACCUAAAGGAUUAGAAUAGUCUUACUAUUGUAAUAUGUCUUGUACUCAGAGCUGAUAUAAUAGAAUAUUAAAUUAGCCAAUGGGUUUUUUCGGAAAUUGGAUUGUGCUUUUUGACCCAGUGGUGGUUUAGUUGCUAAAUCGUUUCUGACUCUUGCAACCCAAUGGACUGUAGCUUGCCAGGCUUCUCUGUCCUUGGGAUUUCCCAGGCAAGAAUACUGGAGUGAGUUGCCAUUUCCUUCUCCUGGGGAUCUCCCAAACCCAGGGAUCAAACCUGGGUCUCCUGCACUGCAGGCAGAUUCUUUACCAACUAGGUAAUAAUAAUAGCUAACACUGAAAGCUACUGUAUCUCUGAAGUUAUUUUAAUAUUCACAACAACCCCAUGAAUUAGGCUUCAUUUUAUACCCUCACAGCACAGAUAAGUAAGUUAAAGUCUAAAACGGCCCACUCAGUCAUCCAAAAGUACAGAGUUGGAACUCAACAAGGUCUGCAGUUUGACUACAACAUUGUACACUCUUCAUAUGUUACCACUGCUGUAGUUUCUCUGCAGACAUGAGAUAAUAAUAGAGCUCUGUAGACAAGCCAUUAUUUUAUAGGAUGAGGUGGGUAACCCCUCAGCCCUUAAAAAGAUGACUGAUUUUAGUCACCCAUCAUGUUUAUGAGUUUACUUGAGUUUUAAUGUUAUUGGAUAUUAAACUUAACAGAAAUACUUGAGUAGUUCUGCAGUGUUUUUAUCUUCUUAGGGCCAUCUUCCCUGCUUCUGAAGCAAAUCAGUUCCCUUCUUGAGUGGGAGAUAGAUGUCUUCCUAAUCUCUCAGUUUUAUAACAAUCAGUAGUGACCUGUUUUGUUGGCCACAACGAGGCCCAUCAGAGUACCUCUCAGAGAUUUUACAUUCCUGAAUCCAAAGAAGAAGGGUUUUUGUUUGUUUCUCCCUUGGGAUGAUCAUAAAUUAUAGGGAUUCAGUUCAGAAGCUGACAUGUGGCGGUACCUAGGAGAAGGCAGCCACAGAGUACAUACAGAUGAGAGAGGGAUACAAGGAGGGAAGGGUGUCGAAUUCACUGGGUUCUGACAUGGUCCACACUGGGUUUGCUUCGUUUGGUUACAUGAGCAAAUUUCUCACUUGGCUUUCUAUAAAUCAGAAGCAAAGAACUAAGACUUUAUUUUGGGGGGCUCCAAAAUCACUGCAGAUGGUGAUUGCAGCCAUGAAAUUAAAAGACGCUUACUCCUUGGAAGGAAAGUUAUGACCAACCUAGAUAGCAUAUUAAAAAGCAGAGACAUUACUUUGCCAGCAAAAGUCCGUCUAGUCAAGGCUGUGGUUUUUCCAUUGGUCAUGUAUAGAUGUGAGAGUUGGACUGUGAAGAAAGCUGAGCGCUGACGAAUUGAUGCAUUUGAACUGUGGUGUUGAAGAAGACUCUUGAGAGUCCCUUGGACUGCAAGGAGAUCCAACCAGUCCAUCCGAAAGGAGAUCAGUCCUGGGUGUUCAUUGGAAGGACUGAUGUUGAAGCUGAAACUCCAGUACUUUGGCCACCUCAUGCGAAGAGUUGACUCAUUGGAAAAGACCCUGAUACUGGGAGGGACUGGGGGCAGGGGAGAAGGGGACGACAGAGGAUGAGAUGGCUGGAUGGCGUCUCGAUGGACAUGAGUUUGAGUAAACUCCGGGAGUUGGUGAUGGACAGGGAGGCCUGGUGUGCUGCGAUUCAUGGGGUUGCAGAGUCGGACACGACUGAGCAACUGAACUGAACUGAACUGAAGACUUCCUUGAAAAACUUAAUGGAAUCAAAUUUCAAAAGUUAAAUGUAUAUAAAUAUAAUUAAAAGGAAAACAAAGGCAUAUAAAAGUUUUGAGAUUAUAUGCUCUUAGAAAAAGCACAAAGGCAGGUCAGGUUUUGGGUUACAGUUACCAUUUUGGUUGGAAAAGCUACCACUGCAAGGUGUUUUUGCAUCUCUUAAUGUUUAUUUUGGAAAAGCAUAUCUGUUUGCAAUUGUUUAGAAAUUAAUAUUGUUUAUGUAAGCUGUGAUAAUAUUAAAGCAUCAUUUGCAUGGACAAAAAGCAAGAUCUUAAUUUAGUAAAAACAACUUUCUUCUUCCUGCUAAUAAUGAUUGAAUACUUUAGCAGAUAAAUAGAUUUCCCCCCAAAAAGGUGGCUCUAGUUUCUAUGUCCUUUAAAGACAAAAUUCUAGUUUUAUAAAUCAAUAAAGGCAUCUUUUUAAAUGGU